AUGAAACCUUCCAAGAAACAAAGCGAGGGCGCCGGGUCGCGGGUCAGCUCGUUCAUGGGGCUUCGUAGGGCGUCUAAGACUGCGGAUCCGGGAUCUGCAAACUCGCCGUCGGGGACUUUGUCCAGAAUCAACACCAACACGUCCAUGUUCUCCAUUUCCGAAUCGCCCACGAAGAACGGGCUGUUUUCGCGUAACAAGACUCAGCAAACCUCCGACACAAGCAGCAUUGAGUCUCCUCUUUCGCGUAUGACCACAAAUACCAGCGUUGGCGGACCAUCCAGUACGUCCGUUUACUCGUUAUCGUCCUCCCAUACAAAGAAACUCAGCAAUGCAAACUUUAAGAAAUCGCAUCGACAUACUAUCUCGGACGACUUCGAGCUCGAGCCGCCACGCACGGUUGAGGAAAUCGACCAGAUGUUCAAAGAAGUGAUGAUCUCCAGAGAUUUCAACAGUCUCCCCGAAAAAGCUCGUAAAGAGAUGGAAAACUACCCAGCAGACCGCAAAUGGAUGCUCAUUCGACAACACAAGCUGGCAGAGUACAAGAAACAGCGGAUCAUGCAGCAGCAACAGCAGCAGAACGUCUCUGUUCCAGCACGAAGCGCGUCCAGUGCCAGCACAAUCGUCACAGAAAGAUCGGUAACUUCUUCCGGAAAGGUUUUCGACGCCCAAUUCUUUGUGGUGCAACUUAUUGGCAACAAAAUCAACAACGAGCAGCUCAAAGAGCUCGACAUUUGUCUCAGUUCGGAGGAGUUGCAUUGGACAGAGCAAUUCCUCAAUUUGCAAGGAGCAGUGGCUCUUUGUAACGUGUUGAUGCAACUCUACAAGACCAAGCCACUUUUGAAACCACAAACAGGACUCAACCGUCAAUCGUCGAUUGGAUCGGCACAACAGCACUUGUUCACAAACCCAGUGGAGGACUACGAAGUCACCUUGGACAAGGAAACCAAACUGUUCAGAUGUAUCAAGGUGAUUGCAGAUCUGACAGUUGGAAUUGAGCAUCUGCAAAAAAUAGACAUUUUCAUUCCUGCCAUCUUUGGCGGACUCUAUUCCACAAGACCCCAGGUCCGCAAAUGGGCUACCGAUAUCAUUACUUAUUUCUAUCAUAAGACCAAUUGCAGUCCUUUGAUCUACAAAACUAUCCACAAGCCUGUCAACGACAAUGUCCAUUUGGCCUACAUCAAGGAACUCUAUCUUCCCAAACCAAACCUGUUGGACCGCAAGUCGCAGUACAUUCUGUCCAAUGCCGAAAAAGUGAAGAAGUAUGAGGCGUGGUUCUGGUCUGUGAGCCGGCUUUUCGAAGGCCGUGGUAAAAUGGGCAGUCGGGUUGGUUCUUACGAAGAGUUCAAAUUGACCGGCUCAGUCUCCAACAGUUUCCUGAUCGAGUACGGUCUAUCCACCCUGUUAUUGAUCAAUACCCUUUUGCAAUACUCCAAGGAUUUGGGAGACCGUACCAAGCUCCGCCGGCUAUUUCAAGUUGCCGGCAUGAACGAAUUAUUCGACCAUCUCCGUCCGUUAGAAAAUAGUGAUAUUGAACACAGCAUUGCCAGCAUCGAGAGCUCUGAAAAGGCAGAUCUGCAAGAACUCAAGCAGAUGGAAGAGUUCAAGAACCAGCAGAUCGAUUUCAACGACCCGCUGUCACUUUUGAACGCCAUGAUCCAAAAAUCCAGAGGAACAGAGGCAGAGGCACAUCUCACCUCUAUGAUCCAAAACAUGUUUAUCAGUCAGUCGUCCAAUUUGCAUACUCUUGAUCCGGGUCAAGUGAACAGAAACCUCAAGUUGAUGGACACUUUUGUUUCGAAUAUCACAAUGGCUUCGGGAGAAGACGACACUGACAUGAACAUAUCAAUCAACAGAUUGAUUUCCUCAUACAGAACGGACGAAAUUGCACGGAAAGCCAUGCUGGAGGCACGCGAGGCCAGAAAGCGCGUCGAAGAGGCAGAGGCCGAGCGGGACAAUGCUUUACAGAAAUUGAACGAGGAUUCCGGCGGUUUGAUCGACCAGUUGUACAAAGAUCUCGAGGAGCGCGAUGAGAUCUUGGAACGGCUGCGGGAAAAAUUGGAUAUCAAAGAGAGCGAGGUUGGGGAGCUUCGCCGGAUGAGAGUGCUGGAUAAGCAUCAGCAGGAGACCGAGAUGCGUGAGAUGUUACUUCUGUUGCAUAGCCAGCAGCUUUUGGGUAACGGUCCAUCAUCGAGUGCGCCAGUGUCUGCAGAGUCUCAUUCGCAUUCCUCAUUGAAUAGUGGAGGUUCGUCUACCGUUGAGGAGUUGCGCAAGAGACUGAAGUCUCAAGUUGACAAAAAUAAGGUGGAGUCGAAGCGGAUCGGCACAUCUGGCGUGGAGCCAAGCUCGCGUCUAAGAGACCUGCGUUUCAAGAUGGAUUUGUUGGAGCAGGAAGCCAGAAACCUGGAAACAACCGAGUUCGACGAUAUACUGAACGAGCCGGCUGUUGAUCCGAAGGCGGACGAUGUGAAAAAUCUGAACGAUUUGAGAGCCAGGUUGGAGUUCUUGCAAAAGGAUGCAAACAAGGUAAUCAAGGUGCAGACUACUAUGAGUUCUAACGAAAAGCUCGAGAAACGGAAGCUUGAGGCUUUAAACAGACUCAACACUUUGGAAAAGACCAUGCAGGAUCUGAAAAUCAAGGAGUUGGAAGAGAUUGAGGCUUCGGCUGAUACUGGCCACCGCACUUUGGAUCCAAAGCAAGGUCUUUCUAAGAACGAGCGUGCUGAGAAGUUGAAGAAAGAACUGGCAGAGCUGGAAACCAUGUGCAGCAACCUCAAGUUCCAAUUCAGUCUUGACAACGAGCCAAUCGACAGAGAUGCUCUUCUCGAGAAGUUUGAAAACCAGUACUCCAGAGGAAAGAAGGAGGUCCCAAAGGCGACGUUUGCCAACUCUGCUCCGCCUGUGAUGGCCGCUCCGGUUGGCAAGAUCGACACUGCCGGGAUGAGACCGUUCCUUGGUGAAUUGGAAAAGACUGUGUUGAAGAAGCCAGCAGUUGGAGACGAGCCAGAUGAGACCGACGAAAAGAAGGACAGUCCUUCCAAAGUUUCGAAGUCUGCUCCUCCUGUUGUGGAGACUGCUAUUCCUGCACCACCGCCUCCUCCUCCCGCACCACCGCUUCCGAACUCUGCGUCUUCUGAAGGGGCUCCACCACCACCACCACCACCUCCUCCGCCUCCUGGACUAUUUGGUUCCAGCGGAUCAAUUCCACCGCCACCUCCUCCACCACCUGCUCUUGGCGGUGGUAUCCCUCCUCCUCCGCCGCCUCCUCUUCCUACGGGAGCCUCCAAGGCCGACCCGACUCCACAGCCUUCGCCGUUUAUGGCCCCCGGUCCGUUUGACCUGCUUCCACGACCAAAGAAGAAGCUCAAGCAGCUCCAUUGGGAGAAGAUCGACGACCCUGUUGGUUCGUUUUGGGCCAACAACGGGUCAGAAGACAUGGCCAAGCAGCUGUUGGAGAACGGUAUUUUCGACGAGAUUGAGGUGAUUUUUGCGGCCAAGGAGGCCAAACGGAUUGCUCGUAAGAAGAAGGAAGACGCCAAAAAGAUCUCGUUCUUGAGCACCGACGUUUCUCAGCAGUUUGGCAUUUGUCUGCACUCGUUUGCUGGUUUGGAAGACGAGCAGGUUGUUUUGAAGAUUCUGCGCUGCGACAAGGACGUGCUUGAUAAGAGCGCGUUGCUUGAUUUCCUGGCCAAGCCGGAGUUGAACGAGAUCUCUACCACGUUGGCCAAGAACUUUGAGCCGUACUCGACGGACUGGCAAAAUGAUAAGGAUGCCAAGCUCGAAAAGGAUCCAAACGAGCUCGCUAGAGCAGACAGAAUAUACCUUGAGCUGAUCUACAAUUUACAGCAUUACUGGAAGUCGAGAAUGCGUGCUCUGAAUGCCAUUUUGAACUACGAAAAGGAUUACGAGGAGCUCGUCAACAAGCUCGAGACGUUGGAGAAAGCUCUGGAGAGUAUUGGCAAUUCCAACACUCUACGGAAAGUGUUUGAUAUCAUUCUGGUUGUUGGUAAUUACAUGAACGACAAGUCUAAACAGGCACAGGGAUUCAAGCUGAGCACUUUGCAACGGCUUGGGUUUUUGAAAGACCACAAGAACAUCAUUUCGUUUUUGCACUAUGUUGAAAAGAUCAUCAGAGAAAACUAUCCUGAACUGAUCACCUUUGUGGAGGAUUUGAAGCCAACGAUCGUGGCAGCAAACAUUUCUGUGGAACAGCUCAAGAGCGACUGUCAGCAGUUCACUCAGUCCAUUCGGAACAUUGAUGCUUCGUUGCAGGACGGAAAUUUAAGCGAUCCGUCCUCUUUCCAUCCGAUGGACAAGUUCUUGCACGUUGUUUUCCGCGGUCUUCCUAACGCGCGCAGCAAAGCAGAGCUGUUGGGCGACCGGUCGAAACUGGUGAUUGAGAAGUUCGACUCUAUGAUGCGGUACUUCGGUGAGGAUCCAAACAGCGACGAGUUUGUGCGGAACACUUUCCUGCGCAAGUUCAGCGAGUUUGCAGAGAACUUCCAGAGAGCCUCGACCGAGAACAAGGAGCUGGAGGAGCGCAAUAAGAAGUACGAGUUGAGUAAGAAGAAGCUCGAGGAGAUCAAAAAGGAGAAGGAGCGACAGCAGGAGGAGCCCAAGAUCAAUUCGGACAUGGACAAGUUCCUGCAGCAGCUGCGACAAACCGCUCCUCUGCGUUCUGAACCAACGUCUGCCAAGAUCAAGCAAUGGGCAAAGAAACACUCUGCGCAGUCAGGGUCUCCGCUGGAGUCUCCAACGAAAAGCAGUGCUCCGGACGAGGACGACGAUAUCCGGUCCAAGACACAUGAUCUGCUGAUGAAGCUGACGCAGCAGUCUGCGGACGACGCUCCGUCGUCGUCGAACUCGUCGCUGGCUACCAACGGCUCGGAACUGAAGCUGAGCGAGAAGAUGAAGAGACGGCUGCAACAGAGCUCGCGCACGCCGUCGGUCAGCUCGCUGGACUUUGACUCUGCGUCGCGCCAGGAUUCGUUCAAGACCAGCAAGUCGCGGCUGGACCUGAACAGCGCGUUGUUGAGCAACCCGCUCCUGGAGCAGGAGGCCGACACCAAGUCACCGAACCCGCUGAUGGAGGACGACGACCAGGCAGAAGAGCCCGACAAGGUCGACGCGGCCUUGGUGGAUACAGAAAACGGUAACGGCGAUGUGUUUGAGUCGCCGGACGAAUUCCAGGAUGCUCAGGAACAUUGA